AUGUCCCCUCUCGCCGUCCCCGACCGUUCCAUCCGUAUUUGCGCAGAUCGUGGGGGUACCUUCUGCGAUGUGCAUGCCUCAUACCCUGAUCCUGAAAAUCCAAAGGAGCGCAAGGAGCUCGUGGUCAAACUACUCUCACAGGAUCCUGCGAAUUACGCUGAUGCCCCCACCGAAGGCAUCCGCCGUGUUCUCGAGAUCGUCACUGGCGAAAAGAUCCCGCGAGGCACCAAACUCGACACUUCGAAGAUAGGCACGUCCAUUGAAUGGUCAUUUCACCUGUCCUCGCGUACUGACCGAUUCGCUCAAGAUUAUAUCCGUCUUUCCACCACCGUUGCUACCAAUGCCCUCCUCGAGCGCAAAGGCGAGAAGCACGCCUUGCUCAUCACGAAGGGCUUCAAAGAUCUCCUCUUGAUCGGCAACCAGUCUCGUCCCAAGAUCUUCGACCUUAACAUUCGCCGCCCUCCGCCUCUGUACUCGACUGUGGUCGAGGUCGAUGAGCGCGUCACGCUCGUGGGGUAUACAAGCGAUCCAAAGUCAGAAGAGCACAAAGUACUCUUCGAUAGCGGCGGAAAGGUUGCUAGGGGAUAUAGAGGGAAAGGCUGGGAUGGAGAGGGGGAGGCAGAGGGCCCGGGCGAGGUCGUACAGGGCAUCUCAGGGGAGGCUGUUCGUAUCUUGCAGAAACCUGUGGAGUCUUCGGUACGAGAAGAUCUCAAGAAGCUGUAUGACUCUGGCUACCGCUCGCUCGCAGUCGUCCUCGCACACUCCUACACAUUCCCCGAUCAUGAAAUCCUUCUCGGGAAGAUCGCAUCGGACAUCGGCUUCACGCAGGUAUCGCUGUCGUCACAACUACUCCCCAUGAUCAAGAUGGUGCCGCGCGGCGUAUCAUCCACGGCCGAUGCGUAUCUCACCCCCAUCUUGUGCGCGUACUUGGACGGAUUCUUCAAGGGCUUUGACGAGAAGCUGAGGGACGGCAGGUUGCGGAGCCCGAGAGUGGAGUUUAUGGGAAGUGAUGGUGGACUGGUGGAUGCAGAUAGGUUCUCAGGGUUGAAGAGCAUCCUGAGCGGGCCUGCGGGAGGCGUCGUUGGAUAUGCGUUGACCAGCUGGGACGAGAAGGUCAAGACGCCUGUGAUCGGACUCGAUGUCGGUGGGACAUCCACGGAUGUGUCGCGAUUCGAUGGCCGUUACGAGGUGGUGUACGAGACCACGACAGCCGGUGUGACGAUCCAGUCUCCUCAGCUUGAUAUCAAUACCGUCGCUGCAGGUGGCGGAUCCCGUCUCUUCUUCCGCAAUGGUCUAUUCGUGGCAGGACCAGAGAGUGCAGGCGCUGAGCCAGGCCCAGCGUGCUACCGGAAGGGCGGCCCGCUCGCUGUGACGGACGCGAACUUGAUGCUUGGGAGGCUGCUGCCGGACUACUUCCCGAAGAUAUUCGGGAAGUUGGAGAGGGAGCCAUUGGACGUCGAAGCGUCCCGCGUCGCGUUCGAGGAGAUCGCGGGCGAGAUCAACAAGGGGCUGGGAAGCGAGAGACAAUUAGACCUGGACGAAAUCGUAUACGGAUUUAUCAAGGUCGCGAACGAGACUAUGGCCCGACCUAUUCGCGCGCUCACGGAGGCCAGAGGAUACGCAACCUCCAGGCACAUAUUGGCGAGCUUUGGUGGUGCUGGAGGUCAGCACGCGUGCGAGAUUGCACAGCUGUUGGGUAUCAAGACGAUCCUCAUCCACCGGUAUAGUUCUAUUCUUUCAGCCUACGGACUGGCGCUCGCGGACCGCGCGUACGAACUGCAAGAGCCGUCUUCGACAUUUUAUACCCCCAACAACGUGCCGACCCUCAUCUCCCGCCUCGACUCCCUGACGUCCUCCGUCCGCGCCGAGCUGUCCAAACAAGGCUUUGAACCGGACCGCAUCAAAAUCGAGCGUAUGCUCAACAUGCGGUUUGACGGCACCGACACGGCCCUCAUGGUCCUCCCCGACGCGAGCCUCGGCGAGGCCGGCGGAGAGGGCGUGGCGGAGGACUUCGAGGCCGCGUUCAAGCGGGUGUACAAGAGCGAGUUCGGGUUCCUCCUCGAAACGAAGAGCGUCGUCGUGGACGACGUGAAGGUGCGCGGGAUCGGGAAGACGUUCGACUCUCUCGGCCCGUCGGUGUUCGAGGAGAUGAAGGAGCUGCGGACGCAGGCGGUGGACCGCGCGCGCGCGUCUUCGGUGUGCUCGACGUAUUUUGAUAAGGUCGGCCGGGUUCAGGACACGCCCGUGUUUGAGCUGCCGAGGCUGGAGGUGGGGGAUCGAGUGGAGGGGCCGGCGAUGAUUAUUGACGAUACGCAGACGAUAGUCGUCGUUCCGGGGGCGAAGGUGGUCGUCGCAAGGAAGCACUUGGUCGUCACGCUUGGUGCGGAAGAUUGAACUCCGAGGGCUGCGUUUUGUGGAGAAACUAGAGACAUGUAUCAUCUAGAGAAUAAGACAAAAACUAGUGUAUCUCUAAAUUUUUGGAUGCGUCUUUGCACCUC